GCUAGCUAUGGUCAAAGGACAUGACAAUGGGAAUACUGACCCAGCAGAUACUCCAGGGAGUGGUGAUCCUGUGAAAGGAUUAUUUGAAUUAUCGGAUGUAUCAAGCGGUACAGCGACAAUCAGACGAGGUGCUGACAAGCCAAGUCAUAUGGAUCCAGAGAAGAAUAAUGCAAUAUCGAAUCAAAAGCAACUGUUUGUAGCCGAUGCUCAUUUUGACCGAAAUUCAUCGAAAACAAACCCACAAAACCAUUACCUUUAUGAGAAUAGACAACCUCAGUUCAAUUUUAAGGACGUAUUUAAAAAUGAUCCGCAAGAAGAAAAUUGCAGCAGUGACGAAGAUAAUGACGACUUAUUGAGUGAUGCCUGGGGUGACUUUGGCCAGGUCUACAAAGGACACAGCACAAGAGGCAAAAUCAAACACAAGAAAGAGACCGGUGAAAAAGUAGUCCGUUUGAAUGUCAAUGCGCGCGAGAGACGCCGGAUGCAUGAUUUGAACGAAACUCUAGAUGAACUGCGUUCUGUUAUCCCUUACGCACAUAGUCCGUCCGUACGCAAACUAUCUAAGAUUGCUACCCUGUUACUGGCCAAAAACUACAUAAUGAUGCAGGCAAAUGCACUGGAUGAGAUGCGACGUAUCAUAGGCUGUAUGAAUGCAGCGGUACCAACGGUGAUGAAUCCUAACAUAGGCUUCUAGUUGUUUACGUUGACGGGAAAAACUAGAAUACAUUUGACACUA